AUGUGUCGGGACACGUGCAGAAUUGCGUGCGCGAUGGUAAAACAAGAAGUACGCGAUACAGGUUAUCUCUCAAUCCGCAGCUUAUCGACAUUCGUCAUCGUAAGGAGACUAGGACAUCAUAACCGGUUGUUCCAUCACCCUUUCUCCUGUGACUAUGGCGACAGCACGUGCUACUCGACUCGUACCGGCUCGAUAUCUGUCAUUAUACACCGAUUAUGUCGACUCAUGCAGUAAGAGCGUACUUCGACUUCAGGAUAUCUGGGAGAACUGUGGUCAUUCAGAAGAUAUUGUGGAUAAGAAAAUGAACAGUCUAUUUCGUUGGUUUGGCGCGCGGUUCGUACAAACGAAUUUGCUCUCUAAAUGGCAGACGAUAAUCGAAGACGAACUACAGAGGCUCGAAGAUCUGAAGAUCAGCAUUCAGCUGAUACGAAAUGAGUUGAGUGAACUUUACAAAAAGUUAGAACUUGCUGAGCCCGUUCAACCUAACGGAUUAAACCUACAGCAACAGUUUGAGUGGCUUGACAAAUGCUCAAAAGAAGCCGAUCGCAUACGCAGCGCGAGGAUGUUACAAUUCAAGGAGCUACGUCGACAGGAACAGAAGAUUCUAAUCCUAAUGAGUGACCAACAGGUCUGGCAAGGUAGCAUCGACUACAGUGCGGAGGCAAACGAUAAAAUCCCAACGGAAUCAGAGUUGGCAUUGCUAUCUGUGCAUGUAGCGUCGCUGCGCAAGGAACGGGAAGUUCGACUGGAGAAUCUGCGACCAGUCAUAGGGGAGGCACGCGAAGUGAUGGAUCGCAUAGGGAAGGUACCCAACGUCGCUAUAGAGGAAAGCCUGCAGAGCCUAUCGCCCGAACUGUGGGAUUUAAGCAAAGCGAACAUUGAGUUGGCUGGUGAUAUGCUCGAUGCAUUGCGAAUUGAAGAAAUGGAGCUCUGUGCGCGUCACAGACUUUUACUUCAACAGUUACAGCGGAUAUUUAAUCGCCUCGACGUCGAUUCUGUUGAACGCGAAAAACUACUUGGCCGUCUCAGGUCGACAAAAACCUAUCAGGCCGUGAGCAGACUCGAGGAGUUAGAAAAGGAGUACAAAUUGUUGGCCAAAGCGAACCUGCCACAGUUCAUCGAAAGAUUGAAGUACGAAACAAAAAAAUGUUAUGAAGACCUACGGGCAGAGAGCGGCUGGCGUUUACCCCUAGACCUCGAAAAAUUGUCUGAUCAGGGACCCUCAGAAAAACUUGCUGAAGCAUAUGAAAAACACAUAGACGACCUGAAGAGCAGACAUCGGUCGCUGAUACCGUUGUUCAAGCUAUUUGACGACUGGCAACAGAUGAAAGAGGAUUACAGGCAGCUUGAGGAAGCUCAAAAGGAUCCACAACGUUUCAAAAAUCGAGGCGGCGCAUUGCUACAGGAGACCAAGAAACGAGAUCGCCUUAAGAAACAUCUGCCUUUGAUUAUGAACCAGAUCAUGAAGUUCCUUGAUGCGUACGAGGCUGACCAUGGCCCUGUGUAUGUUCAUGGCAAAAUGCUGCGCGAAAUUUUAAACACGGACCAGCGAAGUGGUAACAGCAGAAGUCGGAGCAACUCAACUAACUCGGGCGACGCUCGCACACCACAUAAGCCAGUACGAAGCAUACCAACGGCGUCUGGUUCGAAGACCUCCAAGCUGCGAAGAGCAGGCACGGCUUUCGAACUCAAAAGCUCAUCUGGGGUUAAAGCAGGCGCUGGUUCCGUGCGUCAACCUGAUCGGACGAAUCAUCUGGUAAACGCGUACGCUAACAAUGGCAAAAUACCGACAAAAAGCUCGGAGAAUGUUAACCCUGUCAGAAACAAGGACACUUCUUUAAAGAAACGUACUUUACGAAGGUCACUAUCGUAUGACGGCUUCAAGGGCAACCUUUCUUCGAACGAUUUGCAGUCAACCCGAGUGGCUAAUUCCGGAAUAGCUACGCAAGCGAGCAAAUGUCGAUUAAUAUUUUAACAAAUCUUAGUCACUGUCAAUGGAUCGUAAGAGCGACUGGACGGAAAUCAGAUGUGCAUAUUUUGUUGACAUAAUGACAUAUUAUAUAUACGGUCUUGUAUAUGCGCAAUGCUUGUUGGAACGCGACUUCGAUAGCGUACGAACAUGUAGAAACAGGAAUUGACUCUGAUUUAAGUAACAACAAAGAAAGAUAUUCCACAUCAAAUUAUGGUGCAGAGCAUAAAUCUCGCCAUGUAAAUAAUAUUGUUGACGUCAUUGCAUAUUAGGUACUGUCCUGCAUAUUAACACUUAUUUUUAAAGCUCGACUUCCUUAGCGCGCAAACACGUCGAGAUAGAAAUUGAUUUCGAUUUAAGUAAUGAAAAAAAUUAUGUUUUACAUAAAAAUAAAUGGUGUUGGAUCGCGUUGGUCUAUCAUUUUGAUGUGUAGCUUCGAAUAAGCGUGCAGUCAAAGUAUAGAGCCGUCAUUGGUUUUUUCACAAUCUUGUCCUUAAACCACUUCUCUCUGUUUUCCUAUGUUCGGUUUUGCGUCCAGUAUUGCCAUUAGACAUUCACUAACGGUUGGUUAACUCCCAGCACGGAACGAGAUUUGAUCCAGACCUCUAGGAUUAGCAACAAAUUCACAACUUACUAGGCUGUCACUGGUACAUCUUCAGGCUGCUUAACCGCGUUACUUAGUCCGGAUACUGGACUGAGUGAAAUGGCGCUCGUAAGAACCUUAUUGGAAGGGCUUUCAAGGCAGGCUAUCGUUCGACACGCAUCUUGCCAAGAGCAGGAGAAGCAAAAACGGAACCCGCCGGUUACUGAUUUCUGGCCUCGACCCGACUAGCUUGUGUGUCACAUAAAUGAGGGGCACGGCUUUGGGAAGGUUGUCGAACAGACAAAAGCUCCUGUUGUCCUCAAGGACGGUAACCUAACGAGUAGCAAAAGGCUAUCAAAACGUAUCGAUAAAGGAGGCCGCCAGUAUGCUGCUACUAGAUUUUCUGGCAGAGAUCAUGGGCUGAGGGGACUCUAGAGUGUGCUCUUGGCCGGCCUGCCUGCGUGCAAAAAAAUAAAUGCUGCACUUUUUGAGCAUUUAGUGCAGAAGGGCAGUUAGCACAGCGCGGAACAGGACCGCAUAGACCAGGGAGCUUAUCUUAGGUUCUAAACCAUAGUAGGGCUGACCGCAAGCUAAACUGUGAUAUGUGUCUCAAGUGAAUGCGGCGUAUUUAAAGUUAAAAGGUGAAGUAGAUAGGGCAAAAAGAAUAAGUAUUUUUGAGGAUGAAAGAAUCAGCAGUUAAGCUUAAUAGCCAAGGUCGAAGUCGAGCGUUCAGGUAAAUGAGGCACAAGAUCUAGUUGUAAGUUAGGGUGCACGCUGAGAAAUGUUACCAGCAAAACCUGCGUGCACACGACCAUUUUGAGACAUAUUGCAUAUUGUUUUUGAAUAGGUGUGAAAAUUAUCCGGAGUGAAAAUCCUACUGCGAAGUCCACAAUUGAUUAACGGCAGGAUUUUUAUCUCAGUAAAGAAUGCAUUGAGUUAAUUCAGCCAUUUGUGCGUUUGUCCCGAUAACCUAAGGCUUACUUCGUAAUACAUAUGCAGUAGACAUGACAUUCAAAGAUGGCGACCAACAAUGUCACAAAAUUAAUAGCGAACUAUUGGACCUCGCUGUGUAAUCCUAUCUAGACUAGUUUAAAUUCAAUAUAUCUACGAAUAAAGUUCUGAAACUUAAUUCGUCAUGCGCAGAGAUACUCUUUUGGAGCCAUUUACCUAUUUUCCUGCCGGUGUAGAAAUUCCCUUAGUUACCUACAUUCCGGUAUAAAAAUGAUGGUAUAUGCUAAUGAUGUAAAUAUGUAUGGGUAUUAAUGAUGGAAGACAACCUACAAAAAAAUGUGAAUGUUUAUGUUUCUUCUAUUUAAAAAAAAAAUCUCAAAGUAGAUUCGAAUCAUUUAAUCCGUUAAAUAAAGAUUAUAUUAAGAAUAAAGCGCUAAUCCUAACCGAUAGAAUAUGUGACUUAGAAAUGACAACAAUAACUAAGUUGAAAUACAACAUUGUAGCACGCGCGUCCGGUAAACACAAAUGUAAAUAAACACAAAUUUUCGUGAAAUACAAAACUAAUCAAAGAUGGAAAGUUUUCCCAGUGUGCACGAAAAGGAUUUGUACAUUAGCUAAAGUAUAUUACAUUGUAUUUUUUGUUAGAAUUUUUUUUUCAUUAUUGAUGUUUGGCAGUAACUAGUAGGCGUAUUACACGCAAUAAAUGAGGAAUAUGUAAUCGCCGUUGAGCCAAUUUUUUGUUCUCUUCUUUUUAUAUUUGGUUAUACAGAUUUCAAAGUGUGUUAUAUUUGUUUCUAUGGCUUGCUGGCUGGUACUGUUGUUGAAUAAGAUUUUAUAUAUAAAGAAAUCUUCCAAAUCUACAGCAAGGAACGAAAUGUAAUUUUAUGUAGAUGACUUUACUAGCUCACACUGGACUGGCUAAUCAUAAUGCGUAAGACAAAGCAGGCAACAUUACUUGUAAGUUGACCUCAAAUAAAUGCUUAAGGAAAUCAAGGAUUAAUCCUGCAUUAGCAUCGCUUCCGUAAGAAAGAUACAACCUUUUUUUAUGGAAUUCGGUAUUAUCCGAGUUUAGUUUUUUUCUAGAAUCUUUUCAACCUUCUUUGAUCCGAGAAGACUCGGAUCUUCAACGAUAUGUCGAAUAAAAAGGCGAAAAUAAUAUAUUCAGUUUGAUGCAAGUACUGCAAAUGAGCCUUGAUAGUUGAGAUGGUGCUACCGGGAUAUGCGCUAACGGUUCUAGUACAAUAAGCUGAAACGAAUUA